AUGGAUGAAGCUAUGACAGCUAGCCUGGAGGGUGGCCAAAGUGCCAAGUCCAGGGAAGAAGCUGAGCUGUGUCUUCGUGUGGCCAGCGCCUUGAAGACCAGCGCUGUGCGAAAAGCCUUGGAAACGGAGGGCUUUGUUGUGUUGAAACAGUUCAUCAAUUUGGAGAGCAUCCAGCGCUUGCGAGAGCUUGUCCAGGGAGACUUGGAGAGUAUAUGGCCUGAGGGACUUGUGGACUCGACACCCGUGAAGCUGGAUGGUCCUCCCAAGAUGCGGCUGGUGGAUCUGAAGGCCAUGAAUUUUGGCUAUGGAAAGUUCGCUUAUCUUCAGGAACCAUUGCCUUCACCAAUGAAUGCACUGCGAAGUGCACUCUACACUGAGUUGCUCCCUGUGGCCAACACCCAGAUCUCUAUGUUUCAAGCAGAGAUCUUUCCAAAACGCCUGGCCCUUGAGGAGUAUCCGCCAACGAUCGAAGACUUCUGGGAGAUCUGCAGAAACGCCCAGCCUCCACAGAGGCUUCCGACCUCCAUCUGCCUGAGGUAUUGCCCCACCGGCUUCAUGGAACCACAUCGAGAUCUUCAGGGUACCAUCAUGUUUCCCUUCCAAGUGAUGUGUCCUCUAAGCAACCCAGGCGAAGACUAUGAAGGAGGGAAAUUCUUUGUUCAGCCUGGAAAGAAAGAUGUCGGGCGCCAACACUGCCAGGAGUUGUUCAAGGGGGAUGUGGUGAUUUUUCGCAGCGGUCUCUACCAUGGCCUGGAAAAAUUGGCCAAGGGCACCCGCUUUGCGAUCGCCAUGCAAUUUGCCCUGUCGCACUUGAUGGAAAAUCCUUCGUUGCCCAGAAGGACUUGGGAAGAGAAGCAAGAAUUAGCCAAGCGAUGUGAAGCGGAAGCGGAGCAACAGAACUGUCACGGCGGACAAAAACAUCGCAGCUGCGGUGGUCAGGAUCA